ACAAACAGGACAGGAGGGGGCGAGGGGUGUGUGCGCGCGCGUGCUGUCCCCAAAUGGAUGAGAAAUAAGGGAAAGGAGGGGUUGGGGACCGUGUGAUGAAGCAACAUGCUAGGCCCGGGACAAGUCCGGCUCCGGCCUCGGGUCUGGAGGGACAAGGCUGGGGGCCGGGUGGCGCGGCGCCCGGGUCCCGGCUGGCAGACGGGCCCUCUGGUCUUCCCCCAGCGCGAGGGUCGUGGCGGGAAGCGGGGACAGGGCGCGCGCUCAGAGCCUCCUCCCCGCCCCGCCCAAGGGUCUUCCUCCCCCGGGAUUCAGAGCGGCCCCUCCUCCAGGCCAGGCUCGCCGCGGGGCGCUGAGCAGGCCGGGACACCGCGGCCGAGGUUAUCGUUAGGCAUCUCCCAGGCGACCGGCCCCGCAGCAAGAUGGCGGACGAGAAAGACAGGGAAGAGAUAAUAGUAGCAGAAUUUCACAAAAAAAUCAAAGAGGCAUUUGAAGUCUUUGACCAUGAGUCGAAUAAUACAGUGGAUGUGAGAGAGAUUGGAACAAUUAUCAGGUCAUUAGGAUGCUGCCCUACAGAAGGAGAGCUGCAUGAUCUGAUUGCAGAGGUAGAGGAAGAAGAACCCACUGGAUACAUUCGAUUCGAAAAAUUUCUUCCGGUGAUGACAGAAAUACUACUAGAAAGAAAAUACAGACCAAUUCCAGAAGAUGUCCUUCUUCGAGCUUUUGAGGUUUUAGAUUCAGCUAAACGUGGGUUUCUUACUAAGGACGAGCUGAUCAAGUAUAUGACUGAAGAAGAUGGAGUUUCGCUCCGUCGCCCAGGCUGAAGUGCAGUGGCGUGAUCUUGGCUCGUUGCAACCUCCACCUCCCGGGUUCAAGCGAUUCUCCUGCCUCAGCCUCCUGAGCAGCUGGGAUGACAGGCACACACCACCACGUCUGGCUAAUUUCUGUAUUUUUAGUAGAGACGGGGUUUCACCAUGUUGGCCAGGCUGGUCUCGAACUCCUGACCUCAAGUGAUCCUCCCGCCUCAGCCUCCCAAAGUGCUGGGAUUACAGGCGUGAGCCACCGCGCCCGGCUGCUUCCUUAACUCUUGAUCUCCUCUCUGUAUCUUGCUUUGUCUCGCUGUUCUCUUCUCUCCAUAUUCAUCCAAACAUUUGCUUAGAAGUACCCAGAAGCAUGGCGUUGAAUGUGGUAUACCUUGAACGAAGGGUGAAGAAACGAGGCAGAGUGACUUAGUAGCACGUGACAGCACACAGUUUAAAUUUUAAUAUUAGCCCAUUUACAAACAACAGCUUAUAUAAUAGUCAUUCACAUACCUCAACACUCACCAUCCCCUCCCCACUUUUUUUCUGGAGACAGGGUUUCACUGUCACCCCAGCUGGAAUGCAGGUGGCAUGAUCACAGCUCACUGUAGCAUCGACCUCCUGGACUCAAGGGGUCCUCGCGCCUCAGCCUCCUGAGUAGCUGGGACCACAGGUGCAUGCCACCACGCCCAGCUAAUUUUUUUUUUUUAUAUUUUUUGUAGAGACAGGGUCUGGCUAUGUUGCUUAGGCUGGUCUCAAACUCCUGGGUUCAAGCGAUCCUGCCACCUCAGCCUCCCAAAGUGUUAGGAUUACAGAUGUGAGCCACUGUGCCCAGCCAAAAUUCACCCCAUUCAAGUGUGCAAUUCAGUGGAUUCUAGUAUCUUCACAGUGCUGUGCAACUAUCACUCCUAUCUACUUGCAAAGCAUUUCCAUCAUCUUAAAAAGAAUCUCCAUGUCCAAUAGCAGUUCCCCUUCCCCCACCGUCAUCCUCGGGCAACCGCUAAUCUUCCUGUGUGUCUGUGGAUUUGCCUCUUCAGGGCAUUUCACAUAAACACAAUCAUACAAUA